ACCCGCUGCUGCGCCAUGGCGGCCCGCGACCCCGCUCCGCCCCUCUUGAACCUCCCCGGCCCCGCCCCGCCGCGCGCGACGCCGCCGUCCUCUCGCGAGACGUCGCGCCCCAUAGAUACUUCCCAGCAUGCAGCGCUUCCCCUUUCUCUUCCUCAGUCCAAGAUGCCGAAAGGAAAGAAGGCCAAGGGCAAGAAGGUGGCACCGGCCCCUGCUGUAGUCAAGAAGCAGGAGGCCAAGAAGGUUGUCAAUCCCCUCUUUGAGAAGAGGCCCAAGAACUUUGGCAUUGGACAGGAUAUCCAGCCGAAGCGUGAUCUCACACGUUUUGUGAAAUGGCCGCGCUACAUCAGACUGCAGCGCCAGAGGUCCAUUCUUUACAAACGCUUGAAGGUGCCUCCUGCCAUUAACCAGUUCACUCAGGCUUUGGACCGCCAGACAGCUACACAGCUGCUGAAGCUGGCGCACAAAUAUAGGCCAGAAAAUAAGCAAGAGAAGAAGCAGAGGCUACUGGCUCGUGCUGAGCAGAAAGCUGCAGGAAAGGGAGAUGCGCCGACUAAGCGGCCACCGGUCCUCCGAGCAGGUAUUAACAGUGUCACGACUCUGGUAGAGAACAAGAAAGCUCAGCUUGUAGUUAUUGCCCACGAUGUAGACCCCAUUGAGCUGGUGGUCUUCUUGCCUGCUCUGUGCCGCAAGAUGGGAGUGCCAUACUGCAUCAUCAAGGGCAAAGCCAGACUGGGGCGACUGGUCCACAGGAAAACCUGUACCUCUGUUGCUUUCACACAAGUUAACCCGGAGGAUAAGGGAGCCCUUGCAAAGCUGGUGGAGGCUGUUAAGACCAACUACAAUGACAGAUAUGACGAGAUCCGUCGUCACUGGGGUGGUAACGUCUUGGGUCCAAAAUCAGUGGCUCGUAUUGCUAAGCUUGAAAAAGCAAAGGCUAAAGAACUGGCUACUAAGCUGGGCUAACGAUGUACUGGAUUGCUUCCGUGUUUUCUGUACAUAAAAAGAAUAAACCCCCAGAUGAAGUUUCA